GCCUCGGCGGAAACCCUCGCAGUGCCCUGCAGGCCCUGUUGUGCACGCGGUUCCUCUCAGAAGCCCAGCCUCCGACCGCACUCGGAGCUGGGGUGCUGGGUGGACCCGCUGGCUUUCCAGGAUGCGGGGCGUGGAACGUGGCCUCUGAGAACCCCAGGCGAGAGGAAGCUGUGAUGUAGGAGUCGUUAGGCACGGCGCUACCUGAAGCGGAAGCCGCGUUCACCCAGAUCGCCUCCAGUGUCACGCUUUAAAGUGGUUCCUCACGUUUCUUCAAAAUGAAUGUGACUGUCCGUUUCUUAAGACCUUUUGCCAGAUGUCUGGUGCCAUAUACAUUUCAUAGGAAGAGAAGUCAUUUCUAUUCAGGAGUUCUGCAGAGAUAUAUGUCUUCCAAAGCACCUUCUUUGUCUUGUCAUAACAAGGACAGUGCAUCCCCUCCUGAGCAGCUAGAAUUGGAUGGGUGGAAAGCUACAAUGAAGUCGAGCAUUCAAGAAGAUGGUGUUUCAGAGGUCUCAGACAAAGAUGAAGAUUCCCUCGCCACAACCAGAGAACUAAUUGAGAUGUGGAGACUGCUUGGCAAAGAAGUACCAGAACACAUUACUGAAGACGAGCUCAAAACCCUUAUGGAAUGUGCUUCUAAGUCAGCCAAGAAGAAAUACUUACGGUAUCUGUAUGGUAAGGAAAAGGCGAAAAAGGCUAAGCAGGCAAAGAAGGAGAUGAAAGCGGAGGCCAGGGAAGAAGCAAAAAGGGCCAGGUUGCUGGAGACCACCGCAGAAGAACAACAGCAAGACUUCAUGUUUCUUCGACUCUGGGAUCGACAGAUCAACAUUGCACUGGGUUGGAAGGGUGUCCAGGCUAUGCAGUUUGGACAGCCUUUGGUUUUUGACAUGGCCUAUGAUAAUUACAUGAAACCAAGUGAACUGCAGAAUACUGUUUCUCAACUUUUAGAAAGUGAAGGAUGGAACAGAAGAAAUGUUGAUCCUUUCCACAUUUAUUUCUGCAAUCUUAAAAUAGAUAGUGCUUAUCAUAGAGAAUUAGUUAAACGUUAUAGAGAAAAAUGGGACAAAUUGCUCUUAACAGCAACAGAAAAGUCUCCUGUUGAUUUAUUUCCAAAGGACAGUAUUAUAUACUUAACUGCAGAUUCUCCCAAUGUUAUGACUACCUUCAAGCAUGAUAAAAUUUAUAUAAUUGGAUCAUUUGUUGAUAAAAAUACACAGACAGGAACAUCCUUAGCCAAGGCCAAACGGUUAAACCUAGCCACAGAGUGCCUUCCACUAGAUAAAUAUUUACAAUGGGAAAUUGGUAACAAAAAUCUCACCUUAGAUCAAAUGAUCCGAAUUUUGCUCUGCCUGAAAAACACUGGUAACUGGGAAGAGGCUCUCAAGUUUGUUCCCAGGAGAAAGCAUACCGGUUAUUUAGAGGUUUCUGAGCAAUCUCAGGAACUUGUUAGGAAACUGAAGAAGACAAAGACUUUAAAUUCAUUUCGAAAAGGCUCCUUAAAUGCGCGCACGUGGAAAAGGUGACCUAAGUGAGAAAGUGUGGUGAAAGAAGAAAACAGGCUGAAAGUAAGGUUAAAAGGAUGUAGUUAUUCCUAAAUGGAAUUAUCUCUUAAAGGCAGUCUCUAGACUAACAGUAGAGGUUUGCCUAUUUUUUUUCUUCUUGUUUGCUUUUAUGCCACAGGAUUUCCAUGUAGCCUUGUCUGUCCUGCAUCAAGGCCAGACUAGGCGUAUGUAUCAGCAAAACUUUGAAAGUAUGUUUUAUUUGUUGUAAAAACAAUCAAGUUUAUAGAUUAAUCUAGAAUUGAACACAAUAAAAGUUAAUAGCAUUUAUUUUUAAUUGAUCCUUUGAAUAUCAGACUUUAUUGUCCUUUUUGGUUUGAGGGUUGAUUUGGUUUUUUUUGUGAGUUUUGUUUUGGGGGAGGGAAGGCACGUCUCCAGUAGCCUAUGCCAGGUUCAACCCUAAUUCUCGACUUCCACUUCCCAAAUGAUGGGAUUACAGGCCUGUAGCACCAUGACUGGCUCCAUUAUACAUACUCUUUAUUUAUCCAUGUUAGGAACUGUUCUUUCAUGAGGAAAUAGAUUAAAGCUUUUAAAAUUUGAAGCUCUAAUUAUGAAAUUAAAGCCUGUAUACAACAUUGGCUGUGUUCCAGGCACUAAGUUAAGGUAUACUGCAUUACACAAUCUUGAUUGUCCAAAAACUGGCUUUCCCUAGCAUGUUAGGGAAAAUCCUAAUACUACGCAAAUUGAGUUUGGAGGUAAAUAAAAGCAAUUUUUUAGGACAAAAAAAUGUGUCUGGACCAGAAUGAUGUCUCAGUGGACUCUUGUAGAGAACUUAAAUUCAGUUCCCAGCACCACUUUGGGUGGCUUGCAACCACCUGUAACUCUAGUUCUGGUGGAUCUGACACACUCUGGACUCUAAGGGCACCUGUAUGAAAUGUGGUAAACACAGCUCAUGCAGGCAUAUACACACAUGAAUACAAAAGCUGAAAUUAAUACCUGGUUAAUACAUAGUACUUAUUGUAUGGAUAGCAUUUCUAGGAAAUACUGUUUCUCCAGCCACAUGGUUUUUAAAUAUGUCUUAGAAGUUGUUUGAAUAAAAAUGAUGCCCGCAGAUAGGUCCUUGGGGAUUGGCACUGUUAGGUAUGGCCUUGUUGGAAUAGUUACGGCUUCCGUUAGAGGAAGUGUAUCACUUCUAGGAGGUUGGCUUUGAAGUUUCAGAUCUCAGGCCAUGCAAAUGUGGCAGUCUUAUUUGUGGAUCCAGAUGGAGAACUCUCAGCCCCUUCCCCAGCACUGUAUCUGCCUGCAUGCCAACAUCCUUCCUGCCAUGACAGUAACAGACUAACACUAUGGAACUGUCAGUCAGCCCCAAUUAAAUGUUUUCCUUUAUAAGA